GCGCGUGCUUGUGUGUGGGUGUCUGUGCAUGCAUAUGGGUGAGUGCAGAAUUGUGUGUUUCUAAUAUGUACUUCCUUUUCUUUUGUUCAGAAGAAAAUCAGCCUCAAUACGAGUCGAAAAGGGGCGAUGUAGGGUACCAGGGUGUAAUGGUACACCAAAAGCUAUGUGUCAGAAAUGCAAUGUCCAUCUAUGCUUUACUACCAAUCGCAACUUCUUCCUGAAGUUCCACACAGAAUAAACAAGUCAGAUCUCUGAAUCAGGAAAGGGUGUAUGACUGUUGUUCUGGUAUAACACCUACCAAUUUCAGUACUGCUGAAUUACCAAUAUCAGACCACAAAGUUGUGCUAUUUGACACCUAUCUGUCCAUCAGGAAAUCCAAAGUUCAGCGUGUCAUGUCAUAUCGUAACAUAAAAAAGGUAGUGCCAGAGGAACUUACUUCACUAGUUACCUCCUAUCCUUGCCCUUCUCCUAAUGCUUCAGUAGUGGAUCUGGUUGGCAAUUACAACAACUGCAUGUCUGCAGCACUCAACAGUCUUGCCCCCUUAAAGACACGGACCGUUUCGUUUGUCCACUCCGCACCUUGGUUCACUCCUGAACUACGCCAAAUGAAGUCAAUGGGUCGGCGCCUAGAGCAACUAUCAAAAAAGACUGGUCUUGCUGUCCACCAAGGGAUGUACUCGGAACACAUUCUUCAGUACAAAAAAGCACUCUCUGCUGCAAAGAGCUCAUACUAUGCAAGGAUCAUCAAUGAGGGAGAAGGAAACACCAGGGCUCUCUUUUCCACUGUGAAUGGCCUCCUCAAGCCACCUGAUAGUACCAUCUAUCAGAAUGCAUCUGUUGAACGCUGCUCAGCCUUCUUGAACUUUUUUCACACAAAAAUUGAGGCAAUCCAUCAACAAUUGGAGUGUUCAAUUACUAAGCUGAAACAACCAUGCUCCUUGAUUGAGUUGGGCUCACCUACUAUAAAUGCACUCAGUGAAUUCAGUCUCCCUGCUGAAAGUCGCAUUGAUUACUGCAAUUCCAUCUUCUCUGGCAUUCCACAGAAAUCACUCCACCACCUACAAAUAAUCCAGAACUCUGCAGCCAGGAUAGUAACAGGCACAAAGUCCACAGGCCACAUAACACCUGUACUGUUGCAGCUACACUGGUUACCAGUUACCCAGAGAGUCCAGUUUAAGAUCUUACUGUUGACAUAUAAGGCCCUGCAUAACCUUGCUCCCAAUUAUAUAACCGACCUCUUAGAGAGCUACACCCCUUCCCGCUCACUGCGAUCCUCAUCAGCUGGUCUGCUCAAGGUGCCCAAGAUGAACCUCAGCACCAUGGGAGAGAGAGCUUUCUCCCACACAGCCCCAAAGCUAUGGAACUCACUUCCAAACAACAUCAGGCAGUGUGAAUCCACUGCCCAGUUUAAAAAGGAACUGAAAACGUAUCUCUUCAGACUAGCCUAUGGACUGUGAUAUG